AUGUCAAUGUUGCAUCGUCGCCGCAGUUCUGCGUCAUCAGACGACGACUAUCGCCCAUCCGACAUUCAUCUGAGUGAACGACUUCACCAUGACAGUCGGCUCUCCGAUGACGAUAAAUUCUCAAGAGGUGCUCGCCGUAUGUACCGUGUUCUCUCUCAGCACGAUCCCAGGCUAACCACAGAACACGGUAUUCGGAGACUUUUUGACGAGCUUGACAACGGAGACGUACAAACUCAAGAAGAACUGCUUGAUCGGAUGUUUCAAGCAGCAGAAGACCAGGGGCAAAUUGACGAGUCUGCUGCAGUAACACCUGACGAUGAGGAAGCGUUCGUUGAAAAUCUGCGCCACACGGUAGAAAAUGGUGACAUGGAAGUUUUGGAUGAGAAGAUAAAGGGAACUCGCCGUCAGAAAGCGAAUCUCAGCAAGUUUGAUACCUUCGUUGAAUAUUUACUUCAAAAGAUAAAUCAGCAGUGGUUGACUUUGAUUUAUGCAGUGUUUCCGUUUCACCAAGUGCAAACAUUAGUGUUUAUAUGCCUGGUUCAAUUCGUUAGCCUUCCUUCGCUGCUACGCAUGCUCCCAGUUGCGGCCGCUUAUGCAUCUUUCUUUCUGAUGGUCUACUUCACACUGAAGAUGUUCCACAAUAAAAGCAUAAAACGCCAACGAAGGACUUGGAAAAGACUUCUAGAUGUCUUCAACGAAAAAGACGAAUUGACACAUGACAAAUCAAGCAGUGAGUCUUACUUCAUUACCGACAACAAUUGGGAAGCGUAUUUAAAUUUCGCGCUCUCGGUCUCCUUAUUCGUUUUGUCAGUGGGAGCAGCUGAUAAACGUAUUCCUUACUGUAGUUUGAUGUGUGGUACAUCGGGAUUCUUCGCGUUGAUGACAUUUGUCAGCUUGGCCGACGCCUAUGACAGAUACGCUUUAUUUGGCAUGAUUGCGAACUUGAUGUCUUGCCUCCCAGUCAUCUUAUCCCGCAUGCGUUUCUCUGCUGGCCGCUGGCACAUUUGGCGUCCUUUUUUACAAUUUAAAAUAAGCUAUCUGAUCGUAAGCCUUAGUAUUCCCUCCUUAUGUCUUCUAUCGAUCCCAUUUGUGUACUUUAUCAUGGCCUCGAGAACGAAAACGUGGUCGGAAGCCGCUCAUGCAAUUGUCCCACACAUUGUGACCAUAGUCUGGUCAGAUGUCACCAUGACUCUUCUGAUCAUUGGUUGGAAGUCGUUUGAUUACAUCGAUCUUAUUUUGGCCUGCUGUGCGAUCUCUCUAUUCUUCUUCCCAACGCUAGCAGCAGCCGUCAUUGUUCUGUCCGUCGUUGCCGUCCAAAUUCAGAAAGCUAUUGACUUCGUCAGUUGGGCUAAAGCUGUAUUCACCAUCUUCGUUCUUAUUUCUCCAUUCGUUGUUAGCAGAAUUUACAAGUACCUCUCAGAGAAGUACAAAUUCAGUGUGUCUCCGUCCAGUACACAAAAGAAGAAAUGGAUCAUGUUGGGCAUUUAUUUCUCUGCCUUGCUGAUGGCCAUUUCGUUUCUGUACGAAGGUCAAAUGACAUUUGAUCCAGCCGCUGAUGUCACCAAUAUGACCUGGACCCACUAUGACCGUUAUUGCUCGCUUACUUCAGCAAAUACCAUUGAAAAUCAAAUUCAGUGCAGUCAGCUGAAAGGAACUGCUAUAAAUUGGAAGGGAACAGUUCAGUCAGUGCGUGUAGUUAAUAUAGAUAACUCCUUCGAAUCCCUUCUCGGCUACCUGCCAGAGUCUAUAGGACAAACAAUGCGCUGUUUUUAUGACAGCAACCGAACAACUGACGACGUUGCAUAUGCAGAGGGAAUGAGAGGAAACGAGUGUUCUUUAACUGAGCAUAACGUCUACACCUUCGAUGUUGAAGUGUCAGGUCCCUACGGUGAACGCAUUGUGAGCAGCGCUAAAGGUCAACUUAUCCUCAGUGCUGGACAUGUGUUUUACGAGAUGCUGAAACUCGUGGAUGAAGGUGAUGUUGUGCGAUUCGUAGCAUUCUUUGAUCAGUAUCCCGUUUUCCGCUAUCCUCCUCGACUGAAGCUGCUUCAGCUAGAGUGUGCGAACUGCAAACAGUUCCAAAAAGGACGAAAUUCACACCUUCGUGUGACAAAUUCCAAGUUAAGCCGGACUGGAUUGUGGCAUCAACAAAUCCUGAGGUGUAGAACGAAUUCAAUACGCCUAAUAGUGUACCGAGUCGUCACUUGCGUUGCUCCAGGCGCACUACAGACAGAUGAAAAGAAAAUACAGUAUCUCGACCAAAUGAAGGAAAGACUCAUACUGCCAGGAAGUGAAGACACUAUCGAGCAACGUGAAUCUGUCAAAAAUAUGCUUGAAUCUCUCGUAAUAAGAAAUCUUCCUUAUCAACGAGGAGGAGCACGAAGAAAGGCCAUUCAUAUAGAUCCAAUUUAUCGAGCUCCAAAGAGUAACGAUACCAAACCGGAUAUUCCUGAGCUAAAUCAAGAAGUAAAGAAAUGGUUGUAUGAAGCUGACAUGGUGCUAACUGAGGCACAAGCCAGAGCUCUUUUCACGGGACUUCAACCGAAUCGAAAGCGAAAGCGCUCUUUACAAACCGAUCCUAGGGCUUAUUGGACACCUUCUAUUCCCAUAAAUUACACUUUCGACACUUCUCUGAGCGAUGGAGCAGUUAGUACAAUAAGAAAUGCUAUAAAAUUUUGGCAAGACAACACAUGCUUGAGCUUCAAGGAGAAUCCGGUGGGUGAUUACCGUCUUCGUUUCGUAAAAGGCUCUGGAUGUUGGUCGUAUGUCGGUAAACAAGCCUCCUGGAAAAGUCAGGAUGUUUCGAUAGGUGAAGGGUGCAACGUGUUUGGCAUUGUCACUCAUGAAAUUGGGCAUGCUUUGGGUUUUUACCAUACACAGUCGAGGUACGAUAGAGAUGAUGCCGUUGAGAUUGAUUUCAGCAACAUAGCACCGGACUUGCAGUAUAAUUUUGCAAAGAGGACGAGAAUCACGGAGAAUCACUUUGGACAGAAAUACGACUACGGCAGUGUUAUGCAGUAUAACGCAUACGCAUUCGCAAUGGAUCCAGAACGAUACACAAUAGUUGCGAAGGAGGUUCUUUUUAUGAAUUCGAUGGGGCAGCGAGACGCUCCCGCCUUCUCUGACGUGAGAAUGAUCAACUGGCUUUACAACUGCAGUAGUGAGUUCCACACUAGUUUACUUUGUACACUAGCUGAACCACCUUAUUUUGGGCGUUUCCCAACUGUAACUCGUUCCAAGUGCGAGUGCUGCUUAUGGAAUGUUGUCUUCAGUUCUGCAGAUGACCUCAUGAUCCAACCUUUCAUUCCUAACCAUUUUGUACUGAGUAAUAUCGCACACGGAAGACUUUCCAUUGUUGUUCAAGACUCUUGCGCUGGUCGUCCUCCUGAUUGCCUGCCACCAGGAUAUCCGGAUCCAAGAGACUGCACGAGAUGUAAAUGUCCACGAGUACUUGGAGGACCACUUUGUAACCAAUUACCUCGUGGAAACGCUAUAGGAUGUAACGGAGUGGUUGAACAGGCGCAAGAUGGAUGGAAGACACUGCAAGGUAUCGCAGGUGACCCAAAUGACUGGUCAGCGAAAUCAGUUGCAUCCGAUUGCUACUGGCACAUUGUUGCCCCUCCGGACAGACAAGUUGAAUUCUAUCUUACGUCUACACCACGUGUCUGCAUGGAAUCUUGCCCAUGGCAGAGUUUGGAGAUUAAUCUAGGAGAUUUCGAUCUUUUUGGAAUGAUAAUUUGCUGCCCAUCUGUGAUUGGAGUUCUCAUGACCUCUCAGAAGAAUCUUUUGACGAUCAGAGGUGCUACAAAGUACAAUCAACUUGCUUUCGGAAUUAUGUACCGACUGUUGCCCAAAACAACAAAUGGAACUUCAUCUCCACUGGAAUCCACAACACCAUCCGAACUCGAGACUAUACCGUCCCCUUCACCAGUUAGAACCACUCUAACAACUACAUUAGCAACAACAACAACAACAACACCAGCAAAAACGACAACAACAACGACAUCUCAACCGACAACAACAACAAGAAUGACACCUCAAUCGACAACAACAACAACAACGACAGCACAACCGACAACAACAACAGCAACAACAACAACACCUUCUUGA